AUGCGUUAUGAUCCAUAAAUUCUCGCAUCAGCAUCAGCUACUUUAUCCUCUCAAGCAAGUAAUAGCAAUUCAAACCCAGGCGGUCGAAGUAGUAACCAGAAAUUUGGUUUUGUUUUACCCAAAUAGCAAUAUAAGAUGUGCAAUAUCAUCACAGAAAAGUGGAAUAGCUCUUGCACUGCAAUGACAGUAGAGUUUUUCUUACAAAAAAAAUCUGAUGGCACUAAUUAUUGCAUUGAACAAUGGUAGUUUUGCUACGAAAAAGAAUUUGCUCUCCCUUCAAACGCUCUAAACGGAAGCAGUAAUAGCAAUAACACAAAUGGUAAAAGCAAUUCAGCUCCAUCUGCAGCUAACAAAAAGAAUAAAAAGCAAAGCACAGAUAUGAAAUUAUCAAUCUUAUCUAGAAGCAUUGUAAGCCUAUUGAUAAAUACCCCACUUUGGUAAUUUUACAUUCAAUCAGAAAAUCGAACUAUUAAGAACGCCUAUAUCUUAGAUUACAAGAUUUCAUUUGCUAAAAACAAACCUCUUAGCAAUGCUGCAUCGAUCUAGUUUUCUGAAUUGCAAUUAACUUCUGGCUCACUUAUGUUCAACUGCUUCUACUUUAAAGAUUUAGAAAAAAUACUACUUAGCUCAGUAAAUAACUCUGGAACUUAAAAUUUAUAAAAUUGCUAUGCACAAUGUUCUAAUAACUGUUCUAAUAAUUGUAUAUCUGGAAAUUGUCGUGGCGGCAAUACAAACAAUAACAAUUCUGGAAUUAGUAAUAAUCUGAAUUCUGUCAGCACAGCCCACUCAAGUCCCAAUACAAUUAACAAUAUAAAUACUAACUAGUAUGUUCCAAAUUUCAAAAAGAAGCACGAGCGUGAGCGCUUUUUAAGUGAUAACCUUGAUUUAAAAGAUCUCCUUCCAUAAAGCAAUUAAAAUACUUGCAAUAUUUCAGCCAGUACUAGAAUCAAUACUUAGCUCAACAAAGAAAACAUACCUAGAAGCAAGCAUGGUAUUAUUUAAAAUUAAAAUAAUAUGACUUUCCGUUUCUCAUUCAGUGACAACGAACCCCUUUCUGAUGAAGAGAAAAAAAUAAUUAAUCAUCAUUUAAGACAAAGCUCUGUAGUUUCAGUAUAUUCCCGCAAAGACGACAUCACAAUUGUAAGCACUCCUGAAGAGAUAGCCCUUAAAAUGAGUGAUGGAUAAGCUAACGACUUGGGUGGACUUGAAAUAGAAAUGGUUCUUGAAGAAGAUAAAGUUAACAACUGCAGACCAUUUCCUACCUCUGCUUAAAAUAUUUGCUAUGAUGAACCAAGCGCCAAAAAAUAGCAGGAAUAGUCUAAUUAAUAACAAAUUUAGACUAAAUCAAAAGAAAAAAACCAUAAAGAUAAAAAAUAUGGUGAUAUGGAUGAUAAAUAUAAUGUAAAUUAGAUAAUUUCUUCAAAGGCAAUGUAAGAAACUCCUGCCGCUUAAAUCAUUAUAGAUGACGAUUUUGAUUUCUAAUUUAUAGAAGAAGAAAGUGACAAACAACUAGAUUUAGCUAUCAAAAAGCUAUCAGAUCUCAUCAAUCAACAUAAAGUUUCAAUCCGUGAGUAAACAGCUUCUUAGUCUGCCUUUGAGCUAUACCAAUCUCUGACUAAAUAUGUAGAAAAUUAUUGA